AGCGUGAGGAGCAUCUGCAGGUGGUGUUUGAAGAAAUUUUCAUUGCACUUGAUUCUGGCGCAUUAGAGCAGCUGAAAGAGUUGAGUUCCAGGCGCAGAGCUGUUGAAGAAUCAAUUAAUGAGAGCAGCUUCAUGACAGAGGUUAUUGCGAGGGAAAUGGCAGGAGGAUUGACUUCUCGUUAUGAGCAGGACCUGCAAAAACUGGAGCAGUAUUUGCCACUUUUAGAAAAUUUGAUGAUUCAUGUUCAGUCACUUAGCAACAAUCAAAUAAUUGUUCGUUGGACUUCAGGCCUUAAGAUAAGAUGGACUAGUGCUCUUAGUGCUUCUUCAAUUUUCAACCUUAGGGGCGCAAAGUUCUAUAAUAUUGAUAGUUUGCACUUAGAGCUUGGGAUGAACCUUUUCCUUUAUGGUGCAAUUUUGCGAGAAAGGGCUUUGGAAGUUCUAACAGAAGAUCUGGUGCAGUCUGCUACUCUGUACAGGAAAGCUGCCGGAGUUUAUCACUAUCUGGUUAAUGAAGUACUUCAAUCUUUACAACCUCCAUUCACUCAGGAAAGACCGCCAGAAUGUACCUCAUCUGUGUGUUCCAUUAUGAGCUUAAUUUGCCUUGCUGAAGCACAGGCUGUGACUACCAGAAAAGCUGGAGAAAAGGGUACUACUCACAAUCUUUUAGCUAAGUUACACUAUGGCAUUGCAGAGUUGUUUGAUGAGGCUGGCAGUAUUCUACAUUCAGUGAAGAAAGACUCCAAAGAUACAAUUGCAAACAAGGAUUUCCUUUGUCCUCAUUCAACUUUUCUUUUUCAUUAUAGUUGUCAGUUUUUGGCUUUUGCUUAUCCUUUAUUGAUAGAUUCUAUGCUAUAAGGAUA